AUGACAGGUCAGACCUUCGCACUGCCAUCUGAUGCUGGACGUGACGUGGCCUGUAACCCUCGAUCAUUCAGAAGCUCUCAACCACCGAUGCGGUUGUUCCGCCUCAGCGUGCGUCAUGCAGAGCUCAUUCAUACCGCUUCUCGACGAGGUACUGCCCACUUGUGUUUACAAAACUUGAACCAAACCAUGCGCUAUGGUGGCCGAAAAUACUUGCUAAGCGGUAUGGAAGUGGAAGAGAUAACGGUACUCAGUAAUGAAACAAAUGGCAAGAUCCUGAGACGUCAAGUCUACACCCUUCCAGGUGGUAACAAGAAAGUGGUAAACACGAAGAGUAUUACUGUGGUUGCUAUGGCAUGCCGUAACCGUCAGACAUAUGGUAGGCUACGAGCUGAGGAUUCAGAGUGA